AUGCCUCAUAGAACGACUUACUUCUUCCCAAGGCAAUUUCCGGAGCGCAGUCCCAAUGAAUCAUCGCCGAAGUCGGUAGCAGAUCACGACAAGAAAUUCGGAGAGUCGGAGGACGUUCAACGCGGAAAGGUCGCGCUCGAAUCGUUUACAAGCGAAAGCAUCUCCGUCCGUGAGCACAGGGCCAGAAACAGCUUCGUCACGGGGCACGAAACCCAUUGGCAACACUUGUCCGCCUUCAUAAAGUGGCUUUCGGAUAAGAAAAGAAAGGAGGAAGAAUCACGGGCCUGGGGGCAUCUUGAGCCCGAGGAGAUCAGAUUGUGCAAUAACGAAGACUGCGUCGAGGAGGAGGAGGAUCUAGUGAAUCAGCCGCUGCUGACUCUUCCCCCGCCGGCGCCCGAAGGUGACCAGCGGCGCAGCGGGAGUAAUUUAAGCGGCGUGGAUCACGAAAGAGGGUUCGAGAGGAAGAAUUCGUUGCAGAGAUUGUCGUGCGUGGGGAGCACGGGCUAUGCGGGGAGUUUGUUCUCGGGGACAACGUUGGACGGGACAUGGUCGACGGUCACCACUGGGGUAACCAAGGACGGCCCGACGGCGGAAGGGGGUGGGCCCGGGCAAAAUGUGUGCAGUGGAGACGCCAAGAGGCUAAAGGAGGGCUAUCACUUGCAGAUAAUGCUCGCCAGACGACUUACUCAGCAGGCUUCGACAGCUGAGGAGCCUCUCCUUCAGGAGCAUGAAAUUGGUGGACCUCCAGAUCCCGAAACGGUGUCCUAUCGUCUCUGGGCCACUGGAUGCCUGUCCUACUAUGAUAAGAUCUCGGAUGGGUUUUAUAACAUUUUGGGAAUAAACCCGUAUGUAUGGCUAAUGUGCAACAACUUGGAAGAAGGCAAAAAAUUGCCUUCUCUGAUGGCGCUAAAAGCAAUUGACCCCAAUGACACAAUGCUAGAGGUGACACUCGUGGAUCGACAUGGAGACUCGCAGCUCAGAGAGCUUGAAGAUAAGGCUAAGGAGAUUUAUUUUUCGGCAGAGAGUACACUCGCCCUGGCUGAGAAACUUGGCAAACUUGUUGCUUUUCAUAUGGGGGGCUCUUUUCCGGUGGAGCAAGGUGACCUUGAGUUUGGCUGGAAGUUGGUGAACCGAAGAUUAAAGGAUUUAAACAAGUGCAUUGUGUUUCCUGUCGGUGAUCUAUCAAUGGGACUUUGCAGGCACCGAGCCAUACUGUUCAAGAAAUUGGCAGACUACAUUGGUCUGCCUUGUCGGAUAGCUCGAGGUUGCAAGUAUUGCAUUUCUGACCAUCGAUCUUCAUGCCUUAUCAAGAUUGAGGAUGAAGGGAUGCUUCCCAGGGAAUUUGUAGUUGAUCUAGUUGGGCAACCAGGAAAUCUGCAUGGCCCAGAUUCAUCAAUCACUGGAAGUUUACUUUCUGUACCUUCACUGCUACAAAUAUCACAUCUGAAAGAGUUUCAGCAGGAUUGUAGGAAUGAGGCUGAUUGUCAAUUGCUAAACUCAAAGUAUGCUUCUGACAAUAGCAAUCCUGUUUAUUCAGUCGGUCAGGGCAAUACAAAGGAUAUUAUUAUUCCAGAAAAUGCAAAAGAUGAUGGGUGCACUCCAGCAGUUUCUGAUGCUGCAAUAUGUGAGGAUCAUUCUCAGUUAGUAGGUGACCGAGUUAUUAUAAAACAGACAUACAAAAGGGAAGUUGUUUUAUCAAGAAAUACAGUUUCAACUCAAGCAGAAAUACAACCCAUUGUAACCUUCUCAGAAAGCAAAGAUCCUAUUGAGGCCAAGAACAAGAUGCAAGAUCAUGGGAAACACCCUGCUUCAAGCAUUCCAAAUUAUUUGAGUUUAGAGCCUUCUCUUUCAAUGGAUUGGCUUGAGAUUUCAUGGGAUGAAUUGCACAUCAAGGAACGCGUAGGCACUGGAUCUUUUGGCACAGUGCAUCGAGCUGAAUGGCACGGAUCGGAUGUGGCAGUUAAGGUUCUAAAUGUCCAGGAUUUUCAUGAAGAUCAACUGAAGGAGUUCUUACGUGAGGUUGCGAUUAUGAAACGUAUACGCCACCCAAAUGUGGUGCUGUUCAUGGGUGCUGUCACGAAACGUCCACAUCUAUCUAUAGUAACAGAAUACUUGCCAAGAGGGAGUUUAUUCCGACUGAUACACAAGCCAGCUGGUGGUGAAAAUUUCGAUCAGAGGCGAAGACUACGCAUGGCUCUGGAUGUGGCAAAGGGUAUCAAUUAUCUUCAUCAUCUUACUCCACCGAUUGUUCACUCGGAUCUGAAAUCGCCAAAUCUGUUGGUUGAUAAGAAUUGGACUGUGAAGGUUUGUGAUUUUGGCUUAUCAAGGUUCAAAGCAAACACAUUCAUAUCAUCAAAAUCUGCCGUUGGAACACCCGAGUGGAUGGCCCCCGAAUUCCUUCGUGGGGAGCCCUGCAAUGAGAAGUCUGAUGUGUACAGUUUUGGAGUGAUUUUAUGGGAGCUUGUCACCAUGCAACAGCCAUGGAAUGAACUUAGCCAUGCACAGGUGGUUGGGGCAGUUGGUUUCCAGAAUAGGAGACUUACAAUCCCACAGAACACCUCACCCAUUUUAGUGUCCCUGAUGGAGUCUUGCUGGGCAGAUGACCCUAGACAACGACCCUCGUUUAUUGAGAUAGUUGAUACUUUGAAGAAGUUGCUGAAAUCUCCUUUGCAGUUGAUACAAAUGGGCAGACAAUGA